UUGGAAAUAAACAGAGACGAAUUCGACAGAUCUAAGUUAUCUAAAAUCUAUCGAAACCUCGCCAAGAAAUAUCAUCCGGAUAGGGUGAAGGAUAAGGCUGCCAAAGUAGAAGCGGAAGCGCGUUUCCGUGUUAUUGCCACUGCUUAUGAAACUUUAAAAGAUGAGCAAACUCGCACAGAUUACGAUUACUAUUUGGAUCACCCUGAAGAAAGGUUCUACAAUUACUACCAAUAUUAUCGGAGACGGGUUGUUCCCAAAGUCGAUGUGCGCUUAGUUAUCUUGGGAACAAUUUUAUCCAUUUCACUUUUCCAGUACUACAGUGCAAAGCAAAAGUACUCUGAAGCAAUUGCUUAUGCGAUGACUGUUGGAAAAUUUAGGAAUAUGGCUAUCAGUACUGGAGUCGAAAGAGGAGUACUUGAGAUGGAUAGCAAGGGGAAGUUAAAGAAAAUAAAAGGAAAGAAUAAUGAAGACAUCAUAAGGAGCAUUAUCGAGGAGAAUAUGGACGUCAGGUAUAACGCCAUUAUCAACCUAAUGUAAUA